UGCCACAUGUGUGGUCUUACAGUGUGUGCAAUGGAAUAGUUUCACGCCUUUUAUUAAGACAGGAACAAUAUUUUUAGUUGCUGUGUUUAGAUGAUGGCAAUGAGAGAGUGUGGAGGACUCAAACUAUUUGUUUAUCUCUCUUGAUCGUCUGUUGCCACAUUGGUAUUCGUCUGAUUAUGCCAGAAACAGACAUGCAUAACGGAAACACACAUUUCUAUUGUGCAUGAGUUUCCAUUGCUGUAUUAUAGUCUCAUAGUGUGCUCUGUUACAUUCAGGGAACUACAUUUGAGGAACUGUACAGUGUUAGUUUCAGAGAUUAAGUUAACAGCAUUCUAAUAUGCCUUGGAAUAUAAACGUUGUCAUGCUAUUUUUUGCACUUGGAGACGUGCUGCUGGUUUCGACAGAGCCAGUUCGCACAGCAAUAAUUCAAAUUGGGAAAGCAUCUGUAGUGGAAGGGGAGAAGGUUGAAUUCAAAUGUAUAAUAUCAGCAGUGCAUGGAGAACAAACAGAGAACAAGGAGAUGAAUUGGUUCCAUUUAUAUAAAAACAGAGAGAAGAUCAGCUCACUGCCAAAGCCCGGAGGAACGGGAGCUGUCACAUUUAUAAAACAAGACAUCAGAAAGAAUGACGCUGGAGACUAUACCUGCAUGUAUGGAAAUGAGAAUCCUGGAGACGUGAAAAACAUCAGCCAUGGUUCUUCAGUUUAUCUCAACGUACAAGAGUCAAGCUAUCAGCUCACACUUCAGCUAGACAAACAAAACCCAAUGGAAGGAACGGAUGUAUCAUUUAAAUGUAUGAUACCAGCUGAACUCAGAGAUGCAACAGGAAAAGAGGGUUUUUUCCAUCUGUAUAAAAAUGGAAGCCUUGUCGAUUCACAAGCCGUUCCCAAAGACGUACCAGGUGUCACGUUUUCCAUUAAAAAUGUUACGAGGAAUGAUACUGGAAACUACACCUGUAUCUAUGGAAAAGAGAAGCUUGUAAACUCGACAAACAGCAAACGCAGUCGCCCAGUCGACCUUCAUGUGACAGGAGAUAUGACAACUCCAAACACAUCUAUCAAGACCCAACAGACAAAUGAGACAGGCAAGUGGGGCCAGCACUUUCAGCUCCAAAACAAGGGCACGAGCUUCGUUUAUCCUCAGAAUGGAAGAAAUAAGCUUGAGUGAAGAGCUCUCCUCAGUCUCAGUGGAGAGCCAUCCUCGCUGAGGUGCCAGCGCUGUCUGACCUCCAAGGCUGGGGAAUGAACUUCAUUUACCCCCAGAGGAGAAACUGAGGGAAAGGGAGUGUGUGAUUGUGCUUGUGACUGAACAUACCAGUGUGUGAUUGUGCUUGUAACUGAACAUACCAGUGUCUGAUUGUGAUUAUGACUGAACAUACCAGUGUCUGAUUGUGCUUAUGACUGAACAUAUCAGUAUCUGACUGUGCUUGUCACUGAACAUACCAGUGUGUCAGAACGCCCCCCCCCCCCCCCUCCUAUCUCAGUGGAGAGCAGUCCUCAGCUGAAGGGAGUCUGAAGUUGCAAGAGCUCUAAGUCUGGGUCGUGAGCUUCACUUGUCCACAGAUAGAACACAGUUGCAGAGGUGGCGUGACUAAGAGGAGGAAACAAGGGGGGUGAACAGGGUUUAAACAGCUAGCUGCUUGACAGUGAGAGGAGGAAACAAGGGGGGUGAACAGGGUUUAAGCAAAUAGGUGCUUGACAGUGGGAGGAGUCCGUGUUCCUGAUCCUGCCCCUGAACCAUAACAAGACAACAACAGAAGGGCAACACAUAGCAAUGAAUAGAAAUGCAGACAUCUUCAAGACAGAUGGUGGUGCAUUUUAAUUCAUGUAAACACUCAAAAUGACUCCCUCUGAUGUUUCCCCCAGAUUGAUUCACUGAAACCCUUUUUAACAUGACUACAGAUAAUCAGUGGAAUGAGGUCUGCACAAGAUCAUUAAAAUUAUUAAACAGCUGGCCACCUUUUUAGCCUAAUGGUGAUACUUUUCUACACGUUGUUUAUGUUCCCACAGGAGAUAUGACAACUCCAACCACAUCUAACAAUACCCAACACACAAAUGGGAUAGGCAAGUGUGAAUAACUAUAUUUUUAUAAGUAAACCUAUCACUUAUUUUAAAGUAGUCAGAGUUUUAGAGAGAAAAGUACAUUCUUAAUGUGUCAAUAUUCAAGGCAGUAAAUAAUUAACAUAUCAGAUAUUAUAAUUCAAUCAGAAUGGUCACAGCUCUGAUUAUUGCUGGUACAUAUGGAUAGUUUCAUGCCAGAUUAAACCAACUCCAAAAACUAGGCUUUCUGUAAAGCGUGAUUAUUGUGUGUUUGAUGCACCUGCUCAAAAACCAACAAUGUAUGACUUCACUGUGGAGCAUACUGUAUGUACCCUAUUCACAUACUGCAAGAUCAAGGCACUGUAAAAACAGGAUUGGAUUACAUUUGUUUUAAACAAAUCUUGAUCAGGCUUUUAUAUCAAUAGGUUAUUAGUGAGUUAUAUAAUCGGUUUACACAUAUUUAACUGGAAAAGUAAACACAGUGCAGUAAAAUUGUUGUU